AACUAGUCUGGCCAUGGAUGGCAGUCUGAGCGGGUCGACGUAGACCGCUCCCGGUCGUCACUCAGUAAGACUCUCCCGUCCAAGCAAGACUCGUCCAGGCAGGAUUCUCCCGUGCAAGCAAGACUCUCCCGUGCAAGCAAGACUCUCCCGUCCAAGCAAGACUCUCCCGCCCAAAAGGAAGCGCCAGUUUGGAUUCGUUUCCUUCGCUUACCGCUUGCACCCUGUGAACCCGGCAGCCUUCGGAGAGACGGGAUGAUUAUGGGCAUGUACACCGCUGUGUUCCUGCUGGCCCUCGCCAGGUUGGCUAUGUGUUCCACAAGGCAGCACCAGCAGCACCACCACCAGCAGCAGCAGCAGGGUGUGGAGCUAGGUCUGGUCUCCGCCUAUCACCACCCCAUCCAUACUCAUCAGUCUCCACUGGAUCCUGAUGGAGUCUUAACCGUGUACUGGACGCCCGACUUCGUCAAAGAGGAAGUAGUGUUCGAAAUUCACGCUCGGACCAAGGGAUGGAUUGGCUUCGGGUUCUCGCUUGAUGGCGGCAUGAGGGGCAGCGACAUGGUGACGGCUUGGGUGAAGGACGGCCGCCUCUUUCUUCAGGACCGCUAUGGGAUAGAUGAAGGGACACCACUCCUGGACGACCACCCAGACUGGAGGCCACUCUAUGCUCAGGAGAACGACACCCAUACCGUAUUGGUCGUGGCUAGAGACAUCAACACCUGCGACCCACACGACUAUGUCCUCACGAACGACUCUGUGCGGAUGAUCUACGCAUGGGGGGAGGAAGACCCCACAGGCCCAGCCCCUCCCUACCACGGCCCGAGACGAGGCAACAGGUACGCGCUGGUACUGCUGCCAUUCCAUCGCCAGGUUCUGCCGACGGAGGCGCAGGUGUGGACGGUUAAGCAGAAGGUCACCUUGCCCCAUACGCAAGACACCUUCUACUGGUGCCACAUAGAGAAGAUUCCCAAGUGGGAGACCAAACACCACUACAUUGGGUUUGACAUGAUUUAUGGAAAGAAUUCACGGGAGAACCUUCAUCAUUCGGUGGCCUUCGAGUGCCACAGUAAUGACGGCAGUGACCCGGGGAGCGUGCUGGAGAAGCACUUGGACGUCCCGGGCUACGAGUGCUACACCCCCAACAUGCCCUCAGAGUUCUACCUCUGCGAGAGGUUCCUCAUCAACUGGGCCAUCGGCAGCGAGGGAGAGCUGCUGCCGGAGCGAGUGGGCUACCCUCUGGGAGACCUGCAUGGCGGCGCCACCUACAUCAUGUUCCAGACCCACUAUGACAACAGGAGGCUCGAGCGUGACGUCACCGUGGAGUGGGGCAUGAAUAUUUACUACACCGACAAGCUCAGGGAGAUUGACGCCAGUAACAUGGGUCUGGGUCACGCCCUGCUCUUCUCCCUGACGGUGCCACCCCGGACGCCCCACUGGCUGGUGUCCGGACACUGUCCGUCAGAGUGCACCGCCGCCACCAUACCGCCGGACGGCAUCAACGUCUUCACCGUCUUCAUUCACGGCCACUACCUCGCUCGAGCCAUCAGACUCAGGCACUUCAGGAAGGGCGUCGAACUGCCGCCUCUCGCCGAGGAUAAACACUACGCUGCUGACUUCCAGCAGUCCCGCCGACUCACGAAGGAGGUGAAGAUCUUGCCGGGGGACCACCUCACUGUAGAGUGCGACUAUGACAGCACCGGCCGAGCCAAAGGAACGUUCACGGGAUGGAAAGCAGAGGACGAGAUGUGUCAGGCAUUUAUCAAUUACUACCCCCGUGUCGACCUGGCUCUCUGCCGCUCCUCUCCCCACCCGCGCCUCCUUCAGGACACCUUCGGCCUAGGCAGCUUUCAAGAGGAUCUGAACCUUGAUGGCUUCGAGUUUGAUCCCGAGGUUGGUGCAGGUCAGAGGUACCAAGAGGUGAUGAACAGCCUUCCCUGGGACACCAUGGACAAGACGACGCUCAACACGAAGGUGUUGCAGGGGGACCAGGUCAUAAAGUGCCAGUACAACUAUGGCAUCAAGAUGAAGCUGGACACCAACGUGACCCGGUAUCCGCGAGCGACGCCCUUCGUGCCCCCCAGCGACCUAGCCUGCGCCGCCCUCAACCUCCACCACGUCCAAGGUGCUUCCGACCGUGCUUCUGCUGCCCCGCUCCUCGUGCUGGUCCUGGUGGCGCUGACGGUGGUACUACAUGAUCUCUGAACGUGACAGUCAAAUCAUUUAGUAAAUACAAGGGUAAAGAAAAAGGCAUUUCUUUGCCCAUAAUGAUGAAUUACUUAAUGUUUGCAACUGUGCGGGUGUGCUGCCACACCUCGCAGGUAAUAGGUUUCAGUUUCUGAACGUUCAUACGCACACGUAUGAACACACCUGAACACGUUCAUGUACACAUAAAUAAAACGAUAAACUAU